AUGAGUGAUAGCGAAGACGAGAGUAUCAAGCAUGCCAUUCGGCUUUCAUUGCAAGAACACGCUGUUGAUCCAGAACAAAACGACAUUGACCGCGCGAUCGCUCUUUCGUUACAACAGGAACACCAUGACAGCAACAACAGCAGCACAGCUCAAGCAGCAGCCGAUCGUGUAUCCGAUCACAAUGACGACAUGCGUACCGCCAUUGCUCUUUCCUUGGGCAAGUCUGUUGAUCAGCUUACAGCACGUGAAGCCUUGGGGUUGACAGCAGCGACCAAGGAUGUGGUGGAACAAUACAACAAACGAAAACGACAAGAGGACACAAGUGAUAGCAGCAGCAGUAGCAACAAAAGGACCAUGGAUCAGCGAUACUAUUGGGAUGGUGUCGUCAAGUUGACGCAUGUUACAGGAUUCACCGGGCCCAACUUUAUUCGAUUUGAAGACAUUGUUGAAAAAGACAAGCUAAAGAAGGCGGUGAUUACAGCUAUGGUUGUGAGCAUGGAUUGGAUCGAGGAACAAUUUCCCAGCCAUAUCAAUCUUUGUGUCGUGUUACAUGGUCGCCCUGCCAUGGCCCGCCAGCUGAGUACCACAAGGACAUUCAUUGUACCUCCUCUCAAAGAUGAAAACUGGGGUGUCUUUCAUUCAAAGCUCAUGAUCCUCGUACAUGAAAAGUCCAUGCGUAUUGUCAUUGGAUCGGCCAACUUGGAACGCUAUGAUUACAAUGAUCUAGAAAACGUGGUAUUUAUUCAAGACUUCCCACUUGCAUCCAAAGCUGCCACAUCCAUCACGCAUUUACCACGCUUCGCUCGCGAUAUUGCUGCUUUGCUUGAUCAAAUGCAUGUACCAAGCUCUGUUCAAGAUGAAUUGCUAAAGUACGACUUUUCGCGUGCCAAGGCCCAUGUGGUUGCCUCUGUAUCUGGAAAUUUCGAAGGGCGUGAUCAAUAUCGGCAAUAUGGUCAUGCACGUCUUGCACAGAUCAUCCGAGAAAUAGGUGCUGCUGAUCCGAAUCGACCACCUCGCAUUGAGAUGCAGACAUCCUCCCUUGGCGGCUUAAAUCCAUCCUAUCUCCAUGAACUUUACCGAUCUUUUUCGGGUAUCGAUCCAUACGAGACAUCCAACAAGCCCGUGCGCAUGAAAAACAAUGACCCAUUGCCACCCAUUGAUAUCAUUUAUCCUUCAAUGGACACCGUGCUCGAUAGUCGACUAGGACCACCGGGUGCUGGCACCAUUUGUUUAAACACGAGCUCAUGGCAAAAACCAACAUUUCCCAAGCAAGUCAUGUGCGAUGCCAUAAGCCAUCGACGACGUACAUUGAUGCAUUCCAAGUACAUUAUAGCAACUCUACCAAAGUCUUCGGAGCAUCGACUAAAAGGAUGGGUGUAUUGUGGGAGCCAUAAUGCGACAAUGGGUGCUUGGGGCAAACUCUCCAUAUCAAGGGAUAGUAAACAACCAAAAAUGUCGAUCAAUAAUUGGGAGCUUGGGGUAAUAUUGCCAUUGUAUGAAGAUUCGGAUAUCCCUGUCACCUAUGUGAGACCACCACCACGAUAUAGGGCUGGACAAGAUGCAUGGACACAAGAAUAG